GGAUUACUAUGGAAUUACAUUCCCCACUCCUGCAACCUUGACAGGCAGAGAUGGGAGCCUUGCUAACAACCCAUACUCAGGUGAUGUAACAAAAUUUGGCCGUGGGGAUUCUACCUCCCCUGCUCCUGCUACCACUCUAGCCCAGCCACAGCAGAACCAAACACAGACUCACCAUACGACUCAGCAGCCCUUCCUCAACCCAACCCUGCCACCAGGGUACAGCUACACUGGGUUACCUUACUAUGCUGGGGUGCCAGGCAUACCCAGUGCAUUCCAGUAUGGGCCAACCAUGUUUGUACCUCCAGCAUCUGCUAAACAGCACGGAGUCAAUUUGAACACUGCCUCCGCUCCUUUCCAGCAAGCAAGUGGCUAUGGGCAGCAUGGCUAUGGAGCAGCAGGCUAUGAUGACCUAACGCAGGGAACGGCGGCUGGAGAUUACAGCAAAGGAGGCUACAGUGGGUCAUCUCAAGUACAAAGCAAAUCUGCUGGCACUGGACCUGGGAAAGGUGUUUCUGUAACUUCAAGUAACACAGGUGUGCCUGAUAUCAGUGGCUCUGUCUAUAACAAGACUCAGACGUUUGAUAAGCAGGGAUUCCAUGCUGGCACACCACCUCCUUUCAGCAUGCCCUCUGCUCUUGGAUCUACUGGGCCCCUGAACACUGGUGUUGCCCAGGUUAUGCUCCAGCUCCUUUUCUCCAUAUCCUGCCUGCACAUCAGCAGCCUCAUUCACAGAUGCUGCAUCAUCAUCUUCAGCAAGAUGGGCAGGGUGGAUCCAGCCAGCGCAACCAGCCAGCACCAUGCAGCAAAAGUCUCAGGCUACCAAAACUGCCUAUGGCACUUCUCCAUACUGGACUAACUAAAUCUGAAAGG